CUGACAACCAUUGGCUAUGGAGACAAGACUCCUCUUACUUGGCUUGGAAGGUUGCUUUCUGCAGGAUUUGCUCUACUUGGCAUUUCUUUCUUUGCACUACCUGCUGGCAUCCUUGGCUCAGGAUUCGCAUUAAAAGUGCAGGAACAGCAUCGUCAGAAACACUUUGAGAAAAGAAGGAAUCCAGCUGCCAGUCUAAUUCAGUGUGUAUGGCGUAGUUAUGCGGCUGAUGAGAAAUCGGUUUCCAUUGCUACCUGGAAGCCUCAUUUGAAGGCCUUGCAUACCUGCAGCCCUACAAAAAAAGAACAAGGGGAAGCUUCUAGCAGUCAAAAGCUAAGUUUUAAGGAGCGAGUCCGGAUGGCCAGUCCACGAGGUCAAAGUAUAAAGAACAGGCAGUCUUCAGUUGGAGAUCGCCGGUCACCAAGUGCCGAUAUUGCCACCGAGGGCAGCCCAACCAAAGUCCAGAAGAGCUGGAGCUUCAACGACCGAACCCGCUUCAGGCCCUCGCUGCGGCUGAAGAGCUCGCAGCCCAAACCUGUGGUCGACGCUGACACCAGUCUUGGAACAGAUGAUGUUUACGAUGAUAAAGGGUGUCAGUGUGAUGUGUCAGUAGAAGAUCUCACCCCUGCUCUUAAAACUGUCAUCAGAGCAAUCAGAAUUAUGAAAUUUCAUGUUGCAAAGAGAAAGUUUAAGGAAACACUUCGUCCAUAUGAUGUCAAAGAUGUCAUUGAACAGUAUUCAGCAGGUCAUCUAGACAUGUUAUGCAGGAUUAAGAGUCUUCAGUCACGUGUUGACCAAAUUCUUGGGAAAGGACAAAUCACAGCAGAUAAAAGAAGCAGAGAAAAGAAUCCUGCAGAGAAUGAGACAACUGAUGACCUCAGUAUGUUAGGGCGUGUAGUCAAGGUGGAGAAACAGGUAGAGUGUUUAUCAGUGUCGCUUUGUCUUGCUCUAUUACUCAUGCCUUUUGUGUAUUUUAUUGCCAGUUUCAAAGGCUAA